AUUUCCCCAGCAGCCAAGCGGAGGCAGCAGGAGACAUGGGCUCUGUUCCUCGCUCUGGAUGAGGCUAACGGCACCGCUGCCCCCCUCCUUUGUGCCCCUCUGCUGGGCAAGCCUUGGAGAAGUGCCUGCUAGUUACAGUCAGGAUCCAGAGGCAAACGCUCUGAGUUCGGCAUGUGCUUUCUGUGGCUACUCUGCAGUGCGGAAGGAGACUCUCGGGGUUCCCGCCCUGGCGUGGGGCUUGGGAGAUCUGUGUUCUGUUCCUGGCUCUGCUACUGUGGGUCUUUGACCCAAAUCUGCAAAGGAAGUUAGGUGCCUGAUUCUCAUUGAGCUCAGGUGCUGGAAUCCUUUCAAGGAUCUGGCCUGCCCCGCUCGGUUUUUCUUCUGCAAAAUGGGGAUCAGAAGUCUAACUUCCUCCCACUCGUGUCUGGUUAGAUUCUAUGCUUGUUGGGACAGGGAUUGUCUCUCAUGUACAUGCAGCGCCUAGCAGAGAGGGGUUUCCAUACACCCUGAUUCUGGUUAAUAACAACAUUUGCUUUGACGGGGAAUGUUUGUCCCAACAAACACACUGGCUGGAAGGAUUACUGGAAAGCAAACACCAGACAGGAGAGGCAAAUCCAUUUCCAAAUGCCCAUCGCUAUUCUGGUAGGAUUUAUCUGCAGCAGUCACCCAACCUAAGCGAGGACUGAUAUUCUUCAUACACACCGUGGGCACAGUUGGACAAAGCAGGCGACUUGUGUUGUUUAAACAGCCUGAUGAUUCCUUGGGCUGCUUCAGAAGCCAGAGGGAGACGGGGAAGAUGGCCAGGGAGAGAGCUGAAGUGGGAUGAAGAGGGUUUUUCUUGGGGUAUUUCCCUCUGCAAGUGGGUCCCUCACCCCCACUCCUAACCUGGAGCUGAAGCUUGGGAAGCAGUUACCGGCUUUGGGAUAAGCAACAGCUGGUGGGCUUCUUUUGCUGUCUCAGGAACUCUGACAGCACCAGGGAGCGGGGACGGUGUCUAAUUUUAAACUCAUGCCUGGUGCAUUUGUGUAUGUGUGAAUGCGCUUUCCAGCCCCCCCCCCCCCUGCCUUCCCCCUCUGCACCAAGGAGACUGGCUCGGCAGAAGAGAACCAGAAGGGGCUUCGGGCAGAGGACGGGGGUCUCAGCCGUGGGAGGAGAGGACGGGGCGGGGGAGGGAGGGAGAACGGCUGGAGGAAGCAGCUAGGGAAGGAAGAUCAUGGAGCCUGCUUCUGCCCAGGAUGAUCAGAAGAAAAAGCAACAGAGAGAAAAGUCGAAGAAACCGGUGCCACCUGCAGCCCCCCGACCAGCCAGGGCUCUGUUCUGCUUAACCCUUCAGCACCCGCUGCGGAAAGCCUGCAUCGGCAUUGUGGAAUGGAAACCCUUCGAGAUCAUUAUCCUGAUGACCAUCUUUGCCAACUGCGUGGCGUUGGCUGCCUACCUGCCCAUGCCGGAGGAUGAUACCAACGCUUCCAACUCCAGCCUGGAGAAGAUAGAAUACGUCUUCCUGAUCAUCUUUACCAUUGAAGCCACACUCAAGAUCAUCGCCUAUGGGUUUCUACUCCACACGGAUGCCUACCUCCGAAACGGCUGGAACGUGCUGGACUUCGCCAUUGUUUCUUUGGGGCUGGUCACGGUGGUUGUGGAGCAGAUCAACGUGAUGCAGGGUGCACCGCUGACGGGGAAGGGCGGCUUUGAUGUCAAAGCCCUGCGAGCCUUCCGCGUGCUGAGACCCCUGCGCCUGGUGUCGGGAGUGCCAAGCCUGCAGGUGGUCCUGAACUCCAUCAUCAAGGCCAUGGUGCCCCUGCUCCACAUCGCCCUGCUGGUCCUCUUCAUGAUCAUCAUCUACGCCAUCGUUGGGCAGGAGCUGUUCAAGGGCAAGAUGCACAAGACUUGCUACUAUAUCGGAACAGAUGUCCUUGCCACCGUGGAAAUGGAGAAGCCAUCCCCGUGCGCCAGCACCGGCCAUGGGCAUCACUGCACCAUCAACGGCACCGAGUGCAGGAGCGGGUGGCCGGGGCCCAACAACGGCAUCACCCACUUUGAUAAUUUUGGCUUCGCCAUGCUGACCGUGUACCAGUGCAUCACCAUGGAGGGCUGGACGGAAGUCCUCUACUGGGUGAACGACGCCAUCGGGAACGAGUGGCCCUGGAUCUAUUUUGUCAGCCUCAUUCUGCUGGGCUCUUUCUUCGUUCUCAACCUGGUUCUGGGUGUGCUCAGUGGGGAGUUCACCAAGGAGCGUGAGAAGGCCAAGUCACGGGGCACGUUCCAGAAGCUGCGGGAGAAGCAGCAGCUGGAGGAGGAUCUGAAGGGCUACAUGGACUGGAUCACCCAUGCCGAAGUCAUGGACAACCACCGGGCCAGGGGAGAAGGGAUGCUGCCAUCAGAGGAAGGGGGCUCGGAGACAGAGAGCCUGUAUGAAAUUGAGGGCAUGAACAAAUGGAUUCUCUUCUUCCGGCAGUGGAGGCGAUGGAACCGCCUGUUCCGCAGGAAGUGCCGCGAAGUGGUGAAGUCCAAGUUUUUCUAUUGGCUGGUGAUCCUGCUCAUCUUGCUGAACACCCUGUCAAUCGCCUCCGAGCAUCACUGCCAGCCCGAGUGGCUGACCCGCGUGCAAGACAGCGCCAACCGGGUGCUGCUGUCGCUCUUUGCGGCCGAGAUGCUGCUGAAGAUGUACGCCCUGGGCUUGCGCCAGUACUUCAUGUCCCUCUUCAACCGCUUCGACUGCUUCGUGGUGUGCGUCGGCAUCCUGGAGGUUAUCCUGGUGGAGCUCAACGCCAUGUCGCCCCUGGGCAUCUCCGUGCUGCGGUGCAUUCGCCUGCUGAGGAUCUUCAAGAUAACCAGGUACUGGACCUCUCUGAGCAACCUGGUGGCGUCCCUGCUAAACUCGGUCCGCUCCAUCGCCUCCCUGCUCCUCCUCCUCUUCCUCUUCAUCAUCAUCUUCUCCCUGCUGGGGAUGCAGCUCUUCGGCGGGAAGUACGACUUUGAAGACAUGGAGGUGCUGCGUAGCACCUUCGAUAACUUCCCCCAGGCGCUCAUCAGUGUCUUCCAGAUCCUGACUGGAGAAGACUGGAAUUCAAUCAUGUACAACGGGAUCAUGGCUUAUGGAGGGCCCUCCUUCCCCGGCAUGCUGGUGUGCAUUUACUUCAUCAUCCUUUUCGUCUGUGGGAACUAUAUCCUGCUCAAUGUCUUCCUGGCCAUCGCUGUGGACAAUCUGGCCGAGGCUGAGAGCCUGACGUCCGCCCAGAAAGCCAAAGCCGAGGAGAAGAAACGGAGGAAAAUGUCCAGAAGUUACCCAGAAAAAUCCGAAGAGGAAAAGCUCCUGCUGGCCAAGAAGCUGGAGCAGAAAGCCAAGACCGAAGGAAUCCCCACCACAGCCAAGUUAAAAGUGGAUGAGUUUGAAUCAAACGUCAAUGAGAUCAAAGACCCCUACCCUUCUGCGGACUUCCCAGGUGACGAUGAGGAAGAUGAGCCCGAAAUCCCCCUGAGCCCUCGGCCACGCCCCCUGGCAGAGCUGCAGCUCAAGGAGAAAGCAGUGCCCAUGCCCGAAGCCAGCGCCUUCUUCAUCUUCAGCCCCACCAACAAGAUCCGAGUGCUGUGCCACCGAAUCGUCAACGCCACCUGGUUCACCAACUUCAUCCUGCUCUUCAUUCUGCUCAGCAGCGUCUCCCUGGCGGCUGAGGAUCCCAUCCGGCCUGAGUCCUUCAGGAACCAGGUUCUGGGAUAUUUUGACAUUGGCUUCACCUCCGUGUUCACAGUUGAAAUAGUCCUGAAGAUGACUGCAUACGGCGCAUUCCUUCACAAGGGGUCCUUCUGCCGGAACUACUUCAACAUCCUGGAUCUGCUGGUGGUUGCCGUCUCCCUCAUCUCCAUGGGAAUUGAGUCCAGCGCCAUCUCCGUGGUGAAAAUCCUGAGGGUCCUGAGGGUCCUGCGGCCGCUGCGGGCCAUUAACCGAGCGAAGGGGCUGAAGCACGUAGUCCAGUGCGUGUUCGUGGCCAUCAAGACCAUCGGCAACAUUGUGAUUGUCACCACCCUGCUGCAGUUCAUGUUCGCCUGCAUAGGGGUGCAGCUCUUCAAGGGGAAGUUUAGCAGCUGUACGGAUCCAGCCAAGAUGACAGAAGAGGAAUGCAGGGGCUACUUCAUCCUAUACGUGGAUGGCAGCCCCACACAGCUAGAGCUGCGCCAACGCGAGUGGGUACACAACGACUUCCACUUCGACAACGUCCUCUCAGCCAUGAUGUCGCUGUUCACCGUCUCCACCUUCGAGGGCUGGCCGCAGCUGCUGUACAAGGCUAUCGACACCCACACCGAGGACAUGGGCCCCAUCUACAACUACCGGGUAGAGAUCGCCAUAUUCUUCAUCAUCUACAUCAUCCUCAUCGCCUUCUUCAUGAUGAACAUCUUCGUCGGCUUCGUCAUCGUCACCUUCCAGGAGCAGGGCGAGAGCGAGUACAAGAACUGCGAGCUGGACAAGAACCAGCGCCAGUGUGUCCAGUACGCGCUGAAAGCCCGCCCUCUGAGGCGCUACAUCCCCAAGAACCCCUAUCAGUACCAGAUCUGGUAUGUGGUGACCUCCUCCUACUUCGAGUACCUCAUGUUCUUCCUGAUCAUGCUGAACACCAUCUGCCUGGGCAUGCAGCACUACAACCAGUCAGCUGAGAUGAACUACAUCUCGGACAACUUGAACGUGGUCUUCACCAUCCUCUUCACCGUGGAGAUGUUCCUCAAGCUCAUGGCCUUUAAAGCCAAGGGCUAUUUCGGUGACCCCUGGAACGUCUUUGAUUUCCUCAUCGUCAUCGGGAGCAUCAUUGAUGUCAUCCUGAGCGAGAUUGAUGAUUCUGUAGACAAUUCCCGCGUCUCCAUCACCUUCUUCCGACUUUUCCGGGUGAUGAGGUUGGUGAAGCUGUUGAGCCGGGGGGAAGGAGUCAGGACCCUGCUCUGGACCUUCAUCAAGUCCUUCCAGGCCCUGCCUUACGUGGCGUUGCUGAUCGUGAUGCUGUUCUUCAUCUAUGCUGUGAUCGGGAUGCAGAUGUUUGGGAAAAUCGCCCUAGUGGAUGGAACCGAAAUCAACAGGAACAACAACUUCCAGACUUUCCCGCAAGCCGUGCUGCUGCUCUUCAGGUGUGCGACAGGCGAGGCCUGGCAGGAGAUCCUGCUGGCCUGCAGCUACGGGAAACUGUGUGACCCCGAGUCUGACUACGCCCCAGGGGAGGAGUACACAUGUGGCACGGGCUUCGCCUAUUUCUACUUCAUCAGCUUCUACAUGCUCUGCGCCUUCCUGAUUAUCAACCUCUUUGUCGCCGUCAUCAUGGACAACUUUGACUACCUCACGCGGGACUGGUCCAUCCUGGGUCCACACCACCUGGACGAAUUCAAAAGAAUCUGGGCAGAAUACGACCCGGAAGCCAAGGGAAGAAUCAAACAUCUGGAUGUGGUGACCCUGCUGAGACGCAUCCAGCCUCCCCUCGGCUUUGGGAAGUUCUGUCCGCACCGCGUGGCUUGCAAGCGCCUGGUGUGCAUGAACAUGCCUCUGAACAGCGAUGGCACCGUCACCUUCAACGCCACUCUCUUCGCUCUGGUGCGGACAGCCCUCAAGAUCAAGACGCAAGGUAACUUUGAGCAGGCCAACGAGGAGCUGAGAGCGAUUAUCAAGAAGAUCUGGAAGAGAACUAGCAUGAAACUCCUGGACCAGGUCAUUCCGCCGAUUGGAGAGGAUGAGGUGACCGUGGGCAAGUUCUACGCCACCUUCCUCAUCCAGGAGCACUUCCGGAAGUUCAUGAAGCGCCAGGAGGAAUAUUAUGGGUAUCGGCCCAAAAAGAACGCCAUUGCAAUCCAGGCCGGCCUGAGAAGCAUCGAGGAGGAAGCCGCACCCGAGAUCCACCGAGCGAUCUCUGGGGACCUGACCGCCGAGGAGGAACUGGAGAGAGCCAUGAUGGAGGCAGCGAUAGAGGAAGGGAUAUACAGGAGGACGGGUGGCUUGUUCGGCCAUGUGGACUCCUUCAUGGAGCGGAACAGCCCCCUGCAGCCCCACGUGACCAGCCAGAGACCCCUGCAGUUCGCUGAAGUGGGGAACGAAGACUUGGACUCCCCCGUUUUCCUGGAUGACUUCCCCCCGGACAGGAACACCAACAACAGCAACGCGGCUGCACGGGUGCAGUACGAGAAUGAGCUGUGGGGGGAGAGGAUGCUGCCGGCAUCCUGCCAGCCACGGCCGCACUCUGCCCUGGGCCACAACCGCUCCUUCCGCCUGGAGAAGCUGCAGCGGCAGCUGGACAGGAGGCGGGCAGCCAGUGUCGGCGGAUGCCCAGAGCGUGGGCUGCAGGAUGUGACUCUUGGCUGCUUCUCUGCCCAGCUGCCCAGAGAGGAGGCUGUUGCCCGGGAGCAGGGAGCAGAGCUGAGCUCCAAGUGCCAGCUGGAUGUCGGCCGUGAUGUAAACGGGGAGGGAGACGCUGCUGCCUCUACCCCACCCACCACCUUACUUAUCCAGGAGGCUCUUCUCUCCGGGGACCUCGGCGCUCUGGCCCGCGACCCAUCCCUUGUGAUGGCCACGGGAGCCGAGAUGGCGGCCACCUGCCAGCUGGAGAUGGUGGUGAUGGAAGAGGCUGCAGCCGAGUUGCUGAGGGAAAGGGAAAGCCCGGUGGGAGCCGAAGCCGGUUCCACCCGCCGACACACCUUGACCACGUCCUUGCAUAGCUUCCGAGGGCCCAGCAUGCCUGGCUCCCAAAGGCCAUCUCCAGCCCCCACCAGUGAGACGCUGCCGGAGAUCCCCCUUGCCAACGGUGCCAGCCGGGAGGUGCCACCCAUUUGUGGGCUUUGAGAGGGUUCCUGUGGAAACACAGCGUCAUCCCCUCCCAUGCCCAGCCCCGACUGCCCGAGCCAGGCAGAUGGGAGCAGAGAAGGACUCGCCGGGCUGUUUGUGGAGGAGCUGCGAGGGCCUGAUCUCCAGGGGCAUUUCCUACCGGGGUGUCUGGCGCUGCGUAGGCUGGGUGUGCCCCCUGCCCUCCCAAGGGCUGUAACGUGUGCGCCGGACGGGUCAUUAAAUCCCUGGCACCGUGAUCUCGCUACUCCACUCUGUCCUUCUGGGCUCUGGUCUUUGAUCAGAGGGGGGCCAGCGGAGACCCUUGGGGACCUGCUUUCCAGUGGUGCUGAGCACCUGCAGCUCCAGCCAACACCAGUGGGUGCCCGUCCUUCUGAACGCCAGGCCCCCCAAAGGUCUCCAGUCAGGCCUGCAGAAUGAGCAGCCACUUUCCAACCGGGGGGGGGGCUAAACACACAUUGCCAGAGCCGGCCCUUGCCAUCUAAACCAGUGCUACAGGUGGGGGAUGAGGCCCAGCGAGGAGAAGGGGGAGAUUUUCACUAUUUAUCUCGCUUCCUGUGACGUAUGGAGAGGCCUCACCUCUCAUUGUCAUGUGAGCCUUUGCAAAUCAACGCUGGGCUGACUGGCCGAAGGUCACGGGGGGAAACUGUGGCCAGCGUGGGAACUGAACCCACAUCUGAGUCCCAGCCCGAGCCUUAACCACAAGCCCCCGCUUCCUCUGUCUGUCCAGGAGCCACUGGCUGAGCCUGCCCUUGGCUUGGACCCUGAGCUUGGCCUACAGUAAUUUAUUAUUGCUGUUACCCUAAUGCCUAGGAGCCCCUGUCGUGAUGCUCGGGUCUGUGCCAACACAGGACAGAAAGAAGGUCCUUGCCCUAAGGGGCUGGCUCACCACGUAAGCCCUGGGUCAAUCUCCCUUCUCGCAUUGUCUUCAGCCAGGACAGGUGGCAUUUCUAGCCAAUGAGUAAAAUCACAUGUGCGUUUUGCUCUAAUCAACUUAAUAAAGAGCAGAUUUGGUGC